AUGGACGAGUUUGACUUUACAUCAUAUCCACUAACUGAAGGCACUAAAUUCCCUUUUAAUGAAGGGACGUAAUUUGUCUUUACUGGACGAUUCUACAAGUAUGCCUUAGAAUCGUAGUUUGGAAGCCAAAGAAAAGUUGGAAAGAGAUAUGAAAUUCCAGUUAUGCGACAACAGCCAUAGCAUUCAGCGCCCUGUUUUAGUUCAGUCAGGAAACACCAGGAGCGAAAGAUAG